AUGACUUCCAGUGGCCAAAAGAAAACGGUUGCUCCACGUGGUCAGUAUGACAAACGAAAGUUAAUUGAUGCAGUGACUGCUGUUUUGGAUGAUGAGAUGACGUCGGUUUUUGCAUUGACAAAUUACGGUGUUCCACAAAGUAUUGGCAGUGGUUGUCCUGUAUAUUUGGACAAGAAAAAAGAAGGUUAUUUGGUCGAUCUCAUCAAACCAUUAGCAUGCGCCGGUGUUCGUUUAACUAAAAACGUUUUGAAGAAAGUUAUUAGUGAAUACAUUAUAUAA